AUGGUCUCGGCAGCAUCAACGUGGAAGGAAGCGGAGGAGAGCGUGCUUUCUUGCACAGCUCAGAUCAUGAACCAAGCAGUCAAAGUGCUUCGGUCGAAAGCCAUUACGGACAAUUCAUACACAUUCGAAAGCAAGACGAUCGCUGGCUCAUCAGCGGGCAAGCACUUUCGACACGUGCUCGAUCAUCUGCGUAUCUUACUGGACGCCAUCGAGGAAUGGCAAUCAAGCACUACUGGUCUCGCUGCUCGAUGUAGAUCCAAUGCAUCGGCGACCUUGUCUGAGGCAAGUGGAAGCGAAUCGAACAAGAUGCUGCGGGUAGACUAUGACUCGCGCAUCAACUCGAAAGUGGCCCACCUCGAGACUUGCGUUGCAGCGUCGUUAGAAGAGUUUGAGCGCACUGUCGAACGACUCUGUCGCAUCUUUGAAGGGUCUAAUGGACGACUAUACGGACAAGCAUUGCGAUUGUGUGCGACGACGCCCUUGGUGGUGGAAAUGGAGAGCACAGUGGGUCGAGAAUUGUGGUUCUGUGGCCUCCAUGCGAUCCAUCACUAUGCGCUGGCAAGAGUGAUCUUGGUCAAAGAGCUUGGUCUGGAAGGCAUUGAGGAGCAAUUUGGAGUUGCACCUAGCACAUUGGUUCACAGAGAAUGGCGCAAGGCCUCGAACCGUACCGAUGUCGCACACCAUGUCUUGGCGCCAGGGCUGAAGGAUGAACUGACAAGAAACAGCAGCAGCAAAUCAUCUCGAUCAUCUCGCACAGCAUCUUGCUCGAGCAGACACUGGAAAGGACAUUCGCAGACAUCUCGUCACCGUCAGGUCAGAUGCAAGCUUUGA